AUGCUCUUUCUAUAUAGAUGGCAAUUGGGGCGUAGGAUCUUCUUUAUUCAAACCAAUCAGAUGCUUCCAGCACACUGAUAGGAACUGCAGCCAACCAUGGUACAGAGAGGAGAUUCUGUCACCAGAAGUUGGUCAGACAGACAGACAGACAGCAGCACAUUUGUAGAUUACUGUGUCUGAGGCAGAACCAUCAAGUGAACACAUCCUUUUCUCUGAACAGGAAAUCGAUAGCUCGGAGAGCGAGAGGCCAGGAGGAGGGAAUUCACUCCCGUCAACAACUGGGCACUAAGAGCAGCACCGAGAUUUUUGGAGUCCUGUAGCUGAUAACACGAACAUAAAUUUACAUGGCGCCCUACACGCGGGGGUAGCGUCCUGGAGCGCUUAACAGUGGAGGAGUCUGCACCCAAGUUAAGGGGAGAGGGAGGAAUAGGUGACAGUUAGCACGAACAAAAUGGAAGGCGAUUAGGCACGACUUGAAGGAUACAUGUCAAAUGUGAGGAAGACGGACAGUCCAUUGGAAACGCGAACCUGGUGAUAUUGCCAGAGCCACCACAUCUGGAUUUCCUUUUAGCCUUGUGACAGACGCUAUAGAAAAAACGUAAAUAAGGCUCAACACCUGUUGCGAACCUGACCAACUGGGCUGCACUUAGCAGCAAUUGAGCAAUUGAGCGACUUGUUGGAAGUUGCUGGUAAAGAAACAUAUCUCUAAAAUACAGAGCCACGAGAAAACCAAUGAUUCAAUUAAAUGGUCACCGUUACCAUUAAUAAACACAUCCACAUCUGGGGUGACUGAAACAGCGACCACAUCUGGUGUUCCUCAACAACAUUGUGAUACGUUUUCACCACUUUGGGAGAUUCAAGUGAGAUGGCCUCUACGGAGCCUGAACAAAGUGCAAGAACACACGGCAUUGCUAUGACCCAUGGUAUGGAUCAGACACCCCGCAACACACCAACAGGUACAAAUACUUUAUUCACUGAGACUCUGGCACUCUACGACGAAUACCAGCUGCACAGACUGACAAAAUUCUACCGGGACAGAUUGGGACAGGCCAUUGAGGAAGGCGUGGAGGACAUCAGCUCAAGGCUGACACAGAAGGAAUGUUUCAGCCCCCAGGAGCACAAAAAACUCACUGAGCUCACAAACAGUGGGCAGAGGAGAGAAAGCUCCAAACUCCUUCUGAACCUGGUGAUGGGUAAAGGUUCCCGUGCCCGGAAAUUGAUGUGGGAAUCCUUUGUGAAAAUGAGGCCAAUUUUGCCCAAACUGAACAAAAUCAUGACUGAAAUACAGCAGCAAGGUGCCAGUCUCGUGGAUGAAGUGACGAUUGAUCGUAGUGUACCCGACGUCCCCAGUGAUCUGAGAGCCAUUCAGCGACUGCACAAGGAGACGUUACACAAACAAUGUGAGAAACUGGUAGUGAAGACCAUCCUAAUAAAGGAGAAGGUGAAGGAGUUUCAGUUGGUUGAUCGCUACACGCAGUUAACUAUUAUUUCUGAUGUACGUGACCGGGAACUGGUAGAACAUGAGCUGCUGGCGAGAGGCAGAGACCACGAGGAGUGGAGACAGAAGCAGCUCCGGGGAGAGCUGGAAAAAAUCCGAAUUGAUAAAUUGUUCCACAGCAGCUUCUCUGGAGGAGGUUUGUUUUCAUGGAUGAAAAAAUUCUACAAGAGAAGCGGAUCUGGAAAUUUCACAGGGACUUCCGCAGUAGUGAGUGGAGUGGCGGGGAUUGGAAAAACAACCAUGGUGCAAAAGAUUGUCCAUGACUGGGCCACAGGCAAAAUCUAUCCUCACUUUCACUUUGUUUUUAUUUUUAAAUUCCGAGACUUAAACAGACUAAACUGCAGAAUAACACUGAGCCGCCUGAUCGUGGAGCAGUAUCCUUACCUCAGGGGUGUUCUGGAGGAGCUGUGGAAACACCCAGAGACAUUGCUCUUUAUAUUCGAUGGUUUGGAUGAAUUUAGGGGCAGUAUUGAUUUCGCUGACAGUCGGAGAGACACAGAGCCUCAGCGCAGGUGCACAGACCCUGAUUUCCUGUGUGAUGUGUCUGACAUUGUUUACAGCUUAAUACAGAAAAAGCUGCUGCCGGGCUGCUCAGUGCUGGUGACCAGCCGCCCCACUGCAUUACAUUUACUGGCAAAGGCUCAGGUCAGUGUCUGGGCUGAAAUCCUGGGAUUUGUGGGUGAAGAGAAAAGGGAAUAUUUUCACAAGUUCUUUGAGGAUCAGGAGGUGGCGGCUGCUGUUUACAGCCACGUGGAGGAAAAUGAGAUCCUGUUCACCAUGUGCUUCAACCCGUCCUACUGCUGGAUCCUCGCUCUGUCACUGGGACCCUUCUUCACACGGAAACACAGCAACAAACAGCGAGUUCCCAAGACAGUCACACAACUCUUCUCCUAUUAUAUUUAUAACAUACUAUCACAUCACAGUGUCAAGAUGGAAAGCCCCCGUGAUGUGAUGCUGAAGAUUGGUGAGAUGGCCUUCACUGGAGUCUCCCAGAGAAACAUUGUCUUUAAUGAUGAAGAUCUGUUCAAAUAUAACCUCCAGCCUUCGCAGUUCCUCUCUGGUUUUCUCAUGGAACUUGUGGAGAGAGAGUCUUCAGAGCACAGCGUGGUCUACACAUUCCCGCACCUCACCAUCCAGGAGUUUGUAGCCGCACUCGCUCAGUUGCUGACUCCGAAUCCAGAAAGUAUUCAGGAUUGCUUCUAUCAAGCUCACAGUAAAGAGGACGGCCGGUUUGAGAUAUUCCUGCGCUUUGUUGCGGGUCUCUCCUCCCCACGGGCAGCUCAGCCACUGGAGGAGUUUCUGGGGCCAUUUGUCCAUCAGACAACCUGCGCGGUGAUCGAUUGGCUGAAGGAGAAGGUUAAAACUCAGAUCAGAGACACAGACACCGUCACUGCGAAAAGGAAGCUGCUGAACACACUCCACUACCUGUUUGAGUCUCAGAAUCAAGCCCUGGCACAGCUCACACUGGGCUCUGUACAAACACUGACAUUUGGUGACUCCUCUUCAGAGAAAGCAUUGAGACUGACACCGAUAGACUGUGUUGUGGUGUCUCAGGCCAUUGGACUGUGUGACACAAUAAAACAACUGAAUCUGAGGAACUGCUACAUUCAGGAGGAGGGUCUCCAGCGUCUGGUUGCUGCUCUGCACAAGUGUCAAGAGUUGCUGCUGAGGGGCAAUAAUCUGGGAGAUUGUGGAGUGAAGCGACUGUGUGAGGCUCUGAGGAACCCGGAGUGUAAA